AUGGAGAAUAGAAACAACGUGACAGAGUUUGUUCUACUGGGGCUCACAGAGAAUCCGAAGAUGCAGAAAAUCAUAUUUGUUGUCUUUUUGGUGAUUUACAUAAUCUCUGAGGUAGGAAAUAUGCUCACCGUGGUCACUAUCACUGCCAGCCCAUUAUUGGGGUCUCCCAUGUACUAUUUCCUGGCCUAUCUCUCUUUCAUUGAUGCCUGUUAUACUUCUGUUAUUACCCCUAAACUGAUCAUAGAUUCACUCCGUGAAAAGAAGACCACCACAUUCAAUGCAUGUAUAAUCCAAAUCUUUGGAGAACAUUUCUUUGGAGGUGCUGAUAUCAUCCUACUUACUGUGAUGGCCUAUGACCGCUAUGUGGCCAUCUGCAAGCCAUUGCACUACACGACCAUCAUGAAUCGGCAUGUGUGUGGCCUGUUAAUGGGAGGGGUGUGGGUGGGAGGCUUUCUUCAUGGAGCCAUACAGAUCCUCUUUAUCAUCCCUUUACCCUUCUGUGGCCCUAAUGUCAUAGAUCACUUUAUGUGUGAUCUGAACCCUUUGCUCAACCUUGCUUGCACUGAUACCCACACUCUAGGGAUCUUUGUUGCUGCCAACAGUGGUUUCAUCUGUGUCUUCCUCUUCCUCCUCUUAGUCAUCUCCUAUGUGGUCAUUCUGUACUCCCUAAGGAAGCACAGCUCGGAGGCAAAGCGUAAAGCCCUCUCCACCUGUGUCUCCCACAUCACAGUAGUUAUCCUAUUCUUUGUGCCUUGCAUUUUUGAGUACAUGAGACCUGUGACUACUUUAUCUAUUGAUAAAGCAGUCACAGUGUUCUACACUAUGAUAACACCAAUGUUAAACCCCUUAAUCUAUACCUUAAGAAAUGACCAGAUGAAAAACGCCAUUAGGAUAUUGUGUAGUAGAAAAGCUAUUUCAAGUGAGAAAUAA